AUGAAGUACCUCGACCUUUGCGCCCUCCACGAGGUGAACGUCGCCCUGAACUUUGACACUCCCGACACUUCCAUCAUUGGCGGCUGCGACGUUUGGACCAUCAAAGCCGCCGGCGGCGAUAAGAAGCUGUACAAGCGCAUCGAGCAUACCCUUGAAGAGCGACACCAAGAGCUGAUCAACGCCAUUGGCGACCUCUCCCAGGCGUCUGCUGCGCGAUUUAUGAACGAGCUCAAUGUCAACAGGGAGACGCCCUUCGGAAGCUUCAACGAGCCUGCCAACAGGCACACGUUCGCCUACCUCAUAGCAACGUUGAACGCGACCCACGUCGAUUACGACUACGCCAACACGCUCAACCCCGACGACUUUCGUCGCGAAUCGCUCAAGUCAUUCAGACACAAGAUCGACACGACCAUGUACUACCUGCGACCCCAAGUAUAUAGCGCCGGUCUUCCCUCGGGUGCUGUGACCCCGCUCGGCUCUCCUAUCUGGAGUCCCCGCUCUUGGCAACUUUUGGACAGCGAGCUGGACAUGGCAAAUUGCGAGUACUACGCUUGGGAGCCAUCCGACGAUCCCUUCGCUGAUGACGGUGCCAUCUGGAGUCACCAUUUCUUCCUGUACAACAAGGAGAAGAAGCGCGUCGCCUACUUCUAUUUGCGUGGAAUCUCCGCCCUGUCUAGCUCGCCCAGCAUUCCCACCUCACUCAUCACCAAGUUCAGACAGUCAAAGUACGAAUCAUCUGCCAAUGCGGGUAGCAGGAAGCGUGCAGAAUUUUGGCUAGGAGAUCGUGCCAAGAAGGCUUUGGGGGCAUAUGGAGAAAGCGAUGAACUGGACAAUCUCGUUAUCGACCACCCAGGCGAAGUCAUCGAUGCUGAAGAAGACGAAUACCUGCCCGUGAGGGAGACAAGCAUGGGCGCCGAAUACUGGAGCAGUGACGACAACAGCGACGUCGAAAGCUUGCGGGAGCGUGAGAACUCGCGUGAGAAGAGCAAAGUUCGACAAUGGAGUGAAGGCGCAGUCGAUCGUAUGGAGCUCUGA